AUGAAAGAAUAUUUCAUCAAUUCAACCAUUUUGAAAUUGAUUUUAGAUUUUAUAUGGAUAUAAGUAUCAUUUUAGGAUAAUAUUAAUUAGAUAUACUCCCCAAAGCAGCUUAAUUAAGUCAAUUUGACUGAAUCCUGGAUACCUCUUUGUAUUGUAGCUACUAGCUAAAGUAAUUUAGUUUUUGUAUCAAGCGGUUUCGAUGGCAUACAAGUAGUUGACAGAUUUGGUAGUAAAAUCUAUCUAUCUUUUAAUAUUAGCGAUAGCUACAUAUCAACUUUCCAAGUUAAUUAAAAUGGUGAGACAUUAUUUUUGGCUGUUAAUUAAACUUUGCAGGUUUAUUCUCUUAGUUAUUCGUAAAUAAAUUAGGAGUUAGUUAAAAUUGAGAAGUUGAAUAUGUUACAGUAGCUGAAUUUCUCUCAAAUAAUUCUGUCAACCAAAUAUGUAGAGGAUUUAGAGCUACUCUUCGUUUCUGGAAACUAGGGUUUGAUUAUUGCGUAUGACACUUCUAAUAAAUCUAAUAUUACUCAAGUAGGCUCGUAUAAUAUCUAAAAUACAAGAGUCCUGGACUUUUUUAUUACAAGAGAUUCUUAAUUCCUCUUUGUUAGUGCUUAUUAAAAAGGACUUUAUAUAUUGAAAUUAGAAAUAACAAAUUCUAAUUAAGUAAAUAAAGUGCGUCAACUUAAUUUUGUAUUAUCAGGCCAAGGAAAUCCAGGCUAUUAGGCUUCAAGAUGUCUGGCUACCUAAGAUUUCAUUGUAUAUUGCUAUGAUAUUUGGACUGGUUUAUAUUUUGCUAAUUACCAAUCUCUUAAAUAGUUAGGAAGAAGUACAACUCCAAUAACUGCUAAUUUUACUCUCUACUAACCUCAGAAAUAAUUAGUACUUACUUUUUCUGAGCUGAUAAUGAAUAAAGAAGAGACUCUUCUUUUUGCAGGAGUAAGAUCUUAUGGGAUAUUUGUGCUUGACAUCAAAACGCGUAAUUAAAUAAAAUUAUUUUAAUAAAUUGGUCCCUACACUGAGAUAUAGUCCAUCAAGCUCUCCUCAGACCAAAACUUUCUUUAUGUUACAAGCGUUUCAAGUCUUUUUACAUUUUAGUAAAUUUAAAUUAACUCGAAUGACAAUUAUCCUAAUCUUUUUAACAUGCAUCAAUCAAACUUUUAUUAGCUUGACAACUUCCUUUACAGGACAUGCUAUAUUGAUCCUUAGGAUGAAUAUCUUUUUGGAGCGUUUGAUUUCGAAGGAAUGCAUGUUUUCCCUUUUUACAGGAAUCCUUACAGGUUAAAUGUUAAUAAUUCUAAAUUUUAUGAUGUAUACACUGAUUAGAUCAAAUUCGAUACAUCAGGCAGGUACGCUAUUGUACCUUAAUAUUAUAAAGGGAGCAUACUCAGUAUUUACUAAAUACGCCCUCUUGAUAAUACUCCAUAGUAGCAACAAAUAUCUCCAAUGAAUAUGAAAUUAAUUAAAAGCUAUCCUUAUGAUAAUUCUUACUUUUCUUAAACAUUUUCUUUUAACUUAGAUAGAACUAUGGCAGUUUAGCCAAUCUAAUAUGGAGUUACUCUAUACAACUCAACAGAUAUUUUUAACUUGUAAAUUCAUUCUGUUUGGAAAAUGCCUGAUUUUAUUUUAGGGGAUUUAAAUGGUGCUUGUUUAACCUAUGAUAGCAAAUGGGUGGUUGCUUUAUUAUAUUAGAUAGGGUUUUUGGUAGUAAAUAUUGAAGAUAGGGCAGCUCCAAAACUAGCUAACUAUUAUCUAAACAAUGGCGCAGAAGAUAUUCUACCUUCAGUUUAUUAUAACUAUGUAUACUUGAUAGAUGGGACUAAAGGUUUCGCAAUAAUCGAUUCUAGUGUUUUCCCAAAAAUCAAUAUUAUCUCUAGAAUAAAAUUAUAGGGUAGUGCAAUUUAUGGGUUAAUACUGUAGAAGGAAGACUAUAUUAUAAUAGCUUAAAAUGAUUUAGGAAUGGCAACUUUAAUAAAUAUGAAGGAUAAAUACUUUCCGUAGAUUGUCAGCUCAGCCAACUACCUGAAUGAACAUGCAGAAGGAGUAUGCGUGUGUCAUACAAUGAAUUAAAUUUUUCUUACAACUGCGAAUGGUAUAUUAACUUUACCAUUUAAAAGCGAAAUUAAAAUACAUACUGCAGUGUAUUAAAUAAGACAAUACUCAUCCUCCUAGCUUAGAAAAUAAGCAUACCCUCAAGCAAGCUAGAAAGGCACCAAAACCAGUCCAAACUUAAUUAACGAAUAUAUUUUUUUAGUUGGGCAGACAAUCGAAUUAGACUUUGAAAUAAUUUAUCCAACAAACUUGUAUAUGAAAAUAACCAAAGUUUACUUUUAUACUAAUGAAAUUUAAUCAGAUAUUCCUUCUUUCUUCUCAUAUAAUUUUUAGUAGUAGAGCCUAUAAAUGUACAUCGACUAAUCUUUAGGUAGCAAUGAUGGUACUCCUAAACAAAAUAUGGUUUUAAUAAAAACACAGAUACCUCUAGAUGUUACUUCAUUUAUUUACAGUGCAGAGGAUUCAUAUGAUUUAGCAGUCACUAAUUCAGACCAAUCUGCUGCCAUCUAUAAUAGUAUGAUAUCAUAAAACAUACUCAACUCUGAUGGAUCAGUAAAUGAUAAAUUCGAUUUCUAUAAAAAUCUAAUUUUAAAUAAUGAAUUAAAAAUCGAGCUAAUCAAUCUAUCUCAAAAAAAUGAAGCAAGCCUAAAUGAAACAGCAAUUGAACAAUUAGCUCAAAAAAUUAGCUUAACCCUUAAGAAAUCAUAUUUUUUGAAUCCUUUCAAAUUUUAUGUUGUUUCAUCUUUAUAAUUUAACAAUAAAAGCACUUUUCAGUUCAUCAAAACAAAUUCUUUAAAAUAAGUGGAAGUUACUUUGUAGAUUAACAGCAACGAUGGAAAGCUUCUGCAAAAGAAUUAAGACAGUGUUAUUUUUUAGAUUUCACAAUCGAAAGAUUAACUAAAAAUUACAGGAACCUUGGAAAGCGUAAAUAAAGUUUUAUAGCAAAAGAUUAUUUUUGCUAAUAGCACUGCUUUCUCUGAGAAGGACUCCCCAUAAAUAACUAUUACUAUUGAUGAUAAUACAAACUUUCCUCUAACGCUGAAAUAAAGUAUUUAUGAAAGUAAUUUUAUCAUUCUUAAGAAUUCAAUAAAAUUAAAUGAUAAGCUAAACCUACAAUAUUAACUGAAUAACUAAUAUCAAGGUGGUAUUGUGUAUAUUGAAUCAGAUGUAGCGAUUUCAUUUUCUUCAAACACAUUCUAUGUCAAAGAUUCGAAAUAAAUUACUUAUUAAACUUUUUAUCUCAAUCCAAAUGGAAAUUUUUCAUUGAUACCUCCAAACUUAUGGCUUCAAUAGAUGAGUAGUGACAAAAUGAAUUUUAAAGGUACGACUACCUCAGCAAUUUAUGGCAAACAGUAUUAAUUUAAAGUAAUAGCAACAGAUGGAUACACUAUUGCUGAAGAUUUUUUCACUGUUGAAGUAACCGGGAUACCUUUUACAUAUGCAUUGAAUUUAAUUUUGAAAAUAUUAGGUCCAGUACUAGCUGUUUUUGGAAUUUAUAAGGAAAGAUUUACUUUUUAUAAUAUGAUUUUUAGAAUAUCAGUAACAUUUUCAGAUGAAGAAAUAGUGUGUGGCAAUCCAUUUAAAAAAAGAAUUAUUAUUAUAAGCGAUGAAUAAGAAGAUGCUAUGGUUAUUUUCAAUAAUUUAAUUAAAAAUAUAAUACAAAAAAGGCCGAAAGGAUAGUAAGAAAGCGACUCAGAAAGACCCUCAACUAGCUUAAAGAAAAAGAUAUAUGAUAUAUAAAAAUAGAUAAAAACAUGGAAUGACAAGUAAUCUGAAUUUUAAGAAAUCUUAAAAUUAGAAAAAAAAAAAAAAUCAAACUUUGAAUCGAAAUUGUAACACUAAUACAUUUUAAAAAUUUAAAAAGAACUCUCCAUAGCUGGAUAUUAAAAUAAUGUAUCUGAACUACAAAAAAGAUAUCUUGAUAAGCAAGGAAGCUUAAUGCUAUCUUAAGUUAUCUAAGAUGUAGUAGAUUUUUAAAUAAAACCUAUCUCAUAUCAGUCAAAAUCUUAAGAUUAAUAUUUAGAAGAAAUAUCUGAUCCUAACUCUUUGCUGCAACGAAUAUUGAGGGCUUUGAUGUCUAGGCAUUUACUGAAAUAGGACAAAAGAUCAUAAAUUAUUUAUGAAUAUAUCAAAAACUAUUGUUCUUAAAUCAUCCAACAAAAUAAAAAUGAUUGGUUUAAAGCAAUUGUUAAAAUUACAUAUAAUACAGAUUAAGAACUUAAAAACACAGAAAAAAUUACUUUGUUUCCUCAAUUAAAACUGAAUUACAGUGUUUUAAAUGAAAUAAUCAAAAGUCUAAACUUGACGGAUUAAUAAAAUUUAUAGCUAAUUCCUUAGAAUUUAGAGUAGUUAAAGAAGUUGAUAGACUAGCAUAACCUCAGAUUCAAUAUGCAUUUAAUUCGAGAAGUUAUAUUUGCAGAUGCACUUGGUUUUCCUGAAGAAAAACCAAAUAGAUUCAAACCUUCUAUGGGUUAAUGUAUACAUAUAAAUUUUUAUGAAAUAAGUUAAAUAAUUGCUUACAAACAAAGAAAAAUAUUUGAAUUCUUAAGACCAAUCUAUAGAUUUUUUAAUAUGGAAUACACUAAGUAUGGUUUCUCUAAAAAUAUGAGGUUGCCUUCUUGGCUCUACUUUGAUUAAAAGAGCAAUAUAAUUUUGCUUCACGGUACUCCUUAAAAGUGUGAUAUAGAAGAAGUGCUUCUAAAGAUAUAUGAUAAAAGUGGUUAUGUUAUAUAUUAAUUUAUAUUGAAAGUAGUUUAUCAAAAUUAAAAAUAAGAGUUAAAACUUUUUAAAAGAAAAAUUGAUUAAAUAUACAAUGAGACAGAGGAAUUCUAAUAAUAAGAAGAAUCAGUGCAUUCAAAAAUAAAUGAGCAAAAUAAAUUAUUGUCUAUUCGUUCACCUAAAAUAUCUUUAAUAAAAAAUACCUACAAUUAAAGUGAGACACUUGAAGACUCAACUUAAAGUAUAUUCAAAGUUAGAACAUAAGGAAAUAGCCCUAUGCUAAAAGCUUCACCUGAAAAUUAAUGUGUCUUAUUGGAAACGAAUAUUUAAGACACUAAAAUUGAGCAAAUCUGUUAUACUAACUUUGAUGAUUUCUAAAAAAUAUUAGUAUGUAUACCUUUUUGA